CCAAAUGUAGGCGGUUUCAGUGGAGUCGUCGUCUGCCCUCCUCAUUUGGAGGCAAAGCCUCCGCAACAGUAAUUGUAGAGGAGAAGCAGGGAACGGUGGUCUCAGAGAGAAAUGAAGAAGCAAACUGUGGUUCUCUUCCCGUCUCCCUUGAUGGGCCACUUGAUGACCAUGGUUGAGUUCGGCAAGCUCUUGCACCUCCGCCAUGGCAUCUCCAUCACCAUCCUGGUUGCCAAACCUCCCAUCAGCGUCGGCAACUCGGCCGUCUACAUGAAGAGCGUUGCGGACUCUGGCCUCGACAUCACCUUCACCGAGCUCGGUCCCGUCGAUUUCACAGUCAAGGAAGUCGAUUACCAGACCCACGACGUCCUCUUGUUCGAAUUCUUACAUGCUUGCAGGGGCCGAGUGGUGCAAGCAUUGCAGGACAUAUCAAGAGAUUGCUUUGUCAAAGCAAUCAUCUUAGAUUUCUUCUGCUUCACCUACACGGAAGUUGCCGCCAGCUUGGGCAUACCCGCCUAUUUUUACUACAUCAGCAAUGUUGGUGCACUGGCACUGCUUCUGUACCUCAACACUCUGCAUCACCAAUAUGAUGUUGCCUCGGCUCAUGCCGAAGACAAGCUGGUUCAUGUCCCCGGCAUCCCUCCCCUCUCGCCGUCCGACCUGCCCCAUUCCCUUCGGUUCCAUGUAGGAUCUUAUGAAUGGUUUCUCAAGGUAUCGACGCAGUUCGCCAGAGCCCAGGGCAUCAUAAUUAACACUUUUGAUGCGCUCCAGCCCCACACUCUCCGAGCCCUUGCCGACGGCCUGUGCGUCCCGGAUGGGCCAGGCCCGCUGGUCUAUGCGAUCGGACCUUUGGUCAUCCCACCCGAGAAAGUUCUGCAACCUCCAGAUUGCCUCCGUUGGCUCGACUCGCAGCCAGACCACAGUGUCGUCUUCUUGUGCUUCGGCAGCUUAGGCUUGCUUUCCACAAUUCAACUAAGGGAGAUCGCGCUGGCGCUCGAGCGCAGCGGGCAGCGGUUUCUUUGGGUGGUCCGGAAUCCGACGGCUGAGUCAAAGCAAGCGUUGGUGCCCUCGGAUCCAGAUCUGGACGUUCUGCUUCCGAAAGGGUUCCUCCAAAGGACGAGUGACAAGGGAAUGGUGGUGAAGGCAUGGGCACCGCAGGUGAGGGUUCUGAACCAUGCUGCGGUUGGCGGAUUUGUGACCCACUGCGGCUGGAACUCGGUGGUGGAGAGCAUCAGCGCUGGCGUGCCAAUGGCUGCAUGGCCCUUGUAUGCAGAGCAGCCGACCAACAGUGUCUUGUUGGUGGACAUGGGGGUGGCGGUGUCCGUCAAAAAGGACCGAGAUGGUCUGGUGGGUGCGGCCGAGGUGGAGAGGUGUGUCCGGCUGUUAUUGGACUCAGAGGAGGGCAACCGGCUGAGGGAGCGAGUAAAAGCGGCAAAGGAUGCAGGAGUUUCAGCGCUCAAAGAGGGUGGCUCGUCCUCGGUGAACCUAGCCAGGUUGGUAGAUUCCUGGAAUGGUCCGGCAGGUGCGAAAGAAGGUGGCUAGCGCUUGACGCUGCACUCCAGUGUUGAUUUGGAGCCAUGUUCUUAAAAAAUAUUUGAUUUCUAAUAAUAAGGUCAAGGGCUCGUUUGGGGUCGGUAGUACCGUGAGUUGAAGAAAUAAAUUUGGUUUGGAUCUCGUGGUUGGUUGAUGAAACCAGCCGCUUGAAAUUUUGUCGUUUUUGUCAUAUCAGACUUGCUUGA